AAUAAAAGCUCUAGUGUGGGUUGGGACAGCUCUUCUCCACUGAAGGGGAAAUAACCCCUGCCUUCUCUGCUCAUGUAAUAUUAAAUAUCUCUUCUUCCACUUCUCUCUCUUCCCCUCCUCUUUCUUAUAGGGCAUGUAGAGAGGGCAGAAUUUGAGGCAGGAACCAGAGGUCUCUCCAGUUCCCUUACUCUCUCCAUCGCUCUCUCGCUCUCUUUCUCUGAGUGUGCGAGAGGAGUUCGGGCAGCAGCUACGUCAGCCGUCAGCGAGCAGCUGAGGAGAGCUGUGGAACUCACGUGUGUGUGUUUCUCUCUCAUCUUUCUCUCAUAGUCUCCAGCUCAUACCUCUACUCUCUCUGGAGUCUACUGCUGUGGCACAUCCUGGGGCACUGACACGGCAAACGCAGCACCUCCUCUCACCAUCUGCACACUGCUCCUCAAACAGCAGCAGACCACAGCACAAACCAAGGAGAAAAGAAGGAGAGAGUGGAAGCAAAGGAUGGAGGAGAAGAAGAGAGAGAUGGGAAUCUGAAGGAAAAGUGCGGAGGUAGGAGAGUCUGAUGGACAGAGUAGAAAAAGUAACUGAAGAAAUAGUAUUGGAAGAAUGAAACAGAGAUGAAGUGAGGAACGCAGAGCUGAUAAAGGUGAAACUGAAAAGAGAAAUAUUUGUUAUAAAUAGGAACGCAGCUGGGUCCGGGAGAGAAUAACAACCUCAGUGAAAAAAAUGUUCUAACAGCCACAGCGUGGUAGAAUAUAACUGGUGAAACGGAAAAGAGCAAAGGCUCAGGGACAGAUCAGCAGGAGGGAUAAGAGUCAUCUGUAAAGGACAGCACUGGCCAACCACAUGCCCAUCGAAUUUGUUUGUAAAAUCAAGUUUGCUGAAGGCGACGAUGCCAAGGGGGCCUCGACAGAAGGAGGCGGGACCGUUAUGCUAGAUGGCCUUCCGCGGCAAAAAGGAAGCAUGGCUGAUCUGGCAUCUUUCGCAAGCUCUUCUUCGCUGCACGGUCUUGCUCGGGUGUUGGGGACCUCAGGGCGCUUGGGCUUCAGACAGACCCUCUGGGGACUGGCACUGUUGGCCUCGCUUGGUCUCUUCCUGUACCAGGCAACAUGGAGCACGGCGACUUAUCUAGAGCGGCCCCACCUCGCAGCUAUGAGGGAAGAAACCCGCCGUGAGCUCACCUUCCCGGCCAUCACGGUCUGCAACGUCAACCGAUUCCGCUUCUCAGCCCUCACCGAUGCAGACAUCUACCACUUGGCUAACCUCACCGGACUGCCACCCAAGAGCCGGAAAGGACACCGACCAAGUGAGCUCCAGUACCCUCCCCCUGACAUGCUAGACAUUUUCCAGAGGACUGGCCACCAGCUGGAAGACAUGCUGAAGAGUUGCAACUUCAGUGGGCAGAACUGCUCGAGUGAAGACUUCAGCGUGGUGUACACACGGUAUGGGAAAUGUUACACAUUUAAUGGAAACAAGACAUCACCCAAGCGGGUAAGGCAAGGCGGCACAGGAAACGGACUGGAGCUGAUGCUUGAUAUUCAGCAAGACGAGUAUCUGCCCAUCUGGAGAGAAACCAAUGAGACAACACUGGAGGCAGGUAUUCGGGUUCAGAUUCAUAGUCAGAACGAACCCCCAUACAUCCACCAGCUGGGCUUUGGGGUCUCUCCAGGAUUCCAGACAUUUGUUUCCUGUCAGGAACAGAGGCUUACAUACCUGCCGCAGCCGUGGGGAAACUGUCGGGCUUCAUCUGAGCCUGUGAUCCCAGGAUACGACACCUACAGCGUCAGUGCUUGCAGACUGCACUGUGAGAGCACACAGGUGCAGAGAGAGUGCAACUGCAGGAUGGUGCAUAUGCCAGGCAAUGCUGAUAUCUGCACACCCAGUAAAAUCAAGUGUGUUGACAAGGCUUUAGCUUUACUCCAGAAGAGCACAGGUGACUCAUGCCCCUGCGAGACACCCUGUAAUUUGACUCGGUAUGGAAAAGAGCUCUCUAUGGUUAAAAUCCCCAGCAGGGGCUCUGCUCGCUACCUUUCUCGCAAAUACCAGAAAUCGGAGGAAUACAUCAGAGACAACUUUCUCAUCUUGGAUAUUUUCUUUGAGGCCCUUAACUAUGAGACAAUAGAACAGAAGAAAGCGUAUGACAUCGCUGGUCUGUUAGGAGAUAUUGGUGGACAGAUGGGGCUCUUCAUUGGGGCCAGUAUUCUUACUAUACUGGAAAUACUUGACUAUAUCUAUGAGGUGGUCAAAUGCAAAAUCAAGCAACUCCUGAAACCAAAAAAGAGUCAGAAACAACAGAACCAACGGAACUUGAUCCAAGAGCAGAUCCAGAGAACAAAGAACCUGCGAGAACAGAACCUGAAAGCUCAGCUGGCAGCCGGAACUAUUGCUACAGUCAGAUUCGAAGAAGUCAAAGUCAAGGCAGCUAAUGAAGUGGCUCAACCACACAGUGCACAUCCAACUUCAAUAUUACCAAAUCAUCACAAUGCACAAGCAGUCGUACAGCAGGACUUUGCUUGUUAAGGGAUGACUCUUCUUCUCUGUAUUUAUUUUUCAUAUCACUGAACUUGAAAUUGGGAUCCUGAAUGGACCCUGUACACUGAAAUACAAAUUUCAUUUUUUCCCACUUAUAAAAGCUACAGCCAAAGCAAAGCCUAAUCCAGGACCUUAUGUGAAACCGGCUCAAACCAGUCACACCGUCACUGUUCUCAUUGUUAAAGUCAAUACCAGAUGAAGAAACCACACAAUGUGUUUCACAUGUGCUUUUGUUGAUUUUUUUCCCCAUCUGGAUGGACCUAUCAUAGAUUUCAAAGAAGAAAGGACCUGAAAGGAUUGGAUUUGGUCAGAAUGUUGCAUUUCACAUAAAUUACCUAUUUGACAGGACAUAUAUGAACUAAAUGAAAGUUAUAAGAGAUGAAGCAACCAUACAGCUGUUGCUCAGUGCAGAAAAAAGUUGGUUUCUGCGUGGUUCUUCAUAUGGUAAUGUACAGUGCUUGCGCCAUUUCACCUUUUCAUAUUUCUUAAUAACAUAAUGAGACUUCUCAGUAGAAGAACAGCUUAAAUAUACCACUCCUUUCUCUGUGAGUAGGUGUUAUGUUCUUUUUCAGCCUUAUGUA